AUGGACACAGGAGCAUCCUCAGAAGAUUGCCGGGCAGUGGUUCAGAUCCAUCCCGUGCACAUCUUGGUGCUGAUCCUGCUCCUGUCGCUGCUGCUGGCGCUGGCGGUGGCCUUGGCUGUGCAGUCAGCACCACAGGUUCCAGCUCCACCUGCGACUCCGCUCUUGGUUCUGGGCUGUGCCCCUGGCUGGGUUGGAUACAAUGGAUUCUGCUACCACUUCUCAAGGGAUCAGGGCACCUGGGAGCAGGGUCAGGAGCGGUGCUCCGAGCUCGGGGCCUCCCUGGCCAUUGUGAAGGAUGAGGAAAUGGAUUUGUUCUUCCGCCUCCGUGGGAACGUCGAUUACUGGGUCGGGCUGCGCAGAUGGGGCGAGCACCUGCAGUGGGGGGACGGCAGCAGCUUCAGCUCCUCGUGAGUGCCGGGGAGCCGGGCAGGGCAUGGGGGGACAGGGGCACAACGUGUUCCCCUGGGAACCAGCGCUGUCUCUGCUCCUCCUUGCAGUGUUCCUGUCCUU